AUGUCUGGCACUGAAGCUACUCUCCCCAAGAACUCCACCGAGGAGUCCGCCUCCGCUCUCGAGAGCAAGGGCAAGGGCAAGGCUGUCGUUGGAAACGUCCAUGACGACGAUGUCAUGGAUGAGGAUGACGACGACGAUGAUGACGAUGAGGAUGAGAAUGAGGACGACGGCCUGGAGGAGAUUGACACAAACAACAUUGUCGAGGGCGGUCGCCGCACUCGCGGUCAGGUCAUCGACUUCGCCAAGGCUGCUGAGGAGAACCCAGCCGAUGAGGAUGAAGACGAUGAAGACGACGACUUCCAGCCUGAGGAGGACACCAACAUGUCCGGCUAA